AUGUUAGCCAAGAUACAUGAACCUGAACAACUUGAUGCUCCCCUCGCACCACUUCAGAUUGAGAACUCGAUGCUUGCGCAAGACGACUUCGACUUUGACAUCAACGAUGAUGACCUGCUCACAUUGACAUCCGAGAUUGACGACGCAUGUCCUGACCUUGCAAAUGCUGCUUUGAACCGCUCUGUGCAGCCCGGGGAUAGGGACGAUGACAGACUGCGUCACCCUCCCGGCACCUGUGCGGAUGCCCCUAUCAUACUUGAUGGAAGUCCUGACAAGAAGACCUGUCAGCCCGUGUCAAAGCAAUUCACUUCCCCGGUCACUCUCACGACGCGCCUGCAAGCCGCAACUGGCAAUCUAGGUUCAUCGAAGAUACGCAAACCAUUUGUCAGGCCACCAUUUCCAGAGGCUGUCCGUGAUCGCUCACCCAUCAUCGGUCUUUCGUCAAACCUACUGCUCAGGACAUGUUUCCGCAUCGGUGAAGUGAUUAACCAAAGCUGUCAGGCAUCCAAAUCAGGGAAGCACAUCAUGAUUGAGAUGUAUGCCAGAGUGCUUACUUCUGAGCGGACUAGUACAGAACAGCAGUUCACCUUCUGCGACCUCUUCCACGCCAAGCCACCUUACAUCAAGGCAGUGUAUAAUGCUGCUAUCUGGAAGUCGGUGCAGCUCUCCGAGUACGACAGCAGAAGACUGUUACAGCAAGGGCGGAUCUGCCGCUGCAUUGGCACCAUGAAGCGCGAGGAUAAGGAAUGGACAAUGACAGUCCUCAACAUCUGGGAAGCAACUUGGGAGGACAUUGAGUGGGUGCAAGGAAUUGUGGACUCUUAG